CUCUGCUGACCAGCCCCGGCGGCGGAUCCGUGGAACGCGCUCCUGGGACCCAGGUCACCGUCACCUGGCGCUUCCCCGGACCCUGCCACCCCCUCUUCUUGCCUGGAACGGCGUCGGAGAGAGAGCGAAGAAGGGAAGAGUCCCCAGCAGAGUGCAUUGAAAGUGUGAAGGGCAACAUAGUUUUCAUCAUGAACACUCAUAAAGAUGACAGACCCAAGCCCAGAAGUCAAGACUUUCACUUUCUUCCUGCUGUGAUGAUGAUGAUAAGCAUAGCUGAGCUGUUCCUUCCAGUCACUGGAACUUCCAAGCAGAAUAUUCCCCGCCUUAAGCUAAUUUACAAAGAUUUACUAUAUUCAAAUAGCUGCAUUCCCUUUUUGGGUUCAUCUGAAGGACUGGAUUUCCAGACUCUUCUUUUAGAUGAGGAAAGGGGCAGACUACUCCUAGGCGCCAAGGACCACAUUUUCCUGCUCAGUCUGGUUGACUUAAACAAAAAUUUUAAGAAGAUUUAUUGGCCUGCUGCAAAGGAACGGGUGGAAUUAUGUAAACUAGCUGGAAAAGAUGCCAAUACAGAAUGUGGAAAUUUCAUCCGUGUACUUCAGCCUUAUAAUAAGACUCAUAUUUAUGUGUGUGGAACUGGAGCAUUUCACCCAAUAUGUGGAUAUAUUGAUCUUAGAAUCUACAAGGAGGAACCCAUGUUUAAAUUAGACAUGCAUAGCUUGGAGUCUGGCAGACUGAAAUGUCCUUUUGAUCCUCAACAGCCUUUUGCUUCAGUCAUGACAGAUGAGUACCUCUACUCUGGAACAGCUUCUGAUUUCCUUGGCAAAGAUACUGCAUUCACAAGGUCCCUAGGGCCGACACACGACCACCAUUAUAUCAGAACUGACAUUUCAGAACACUACUGGCUGAAUGGAGCAAAAUUUAUUGGAACUUUUCCCAUACCGGAUACAUACAAUCCAGAUGAUGACAAAAUAUAUUUCUUCUUCCGUGAAUCAUCUCAAGAGAGCAGCACUUCUGAUAAAACCAUUCUCUCAAGAGUUGGAAGAGUUUGUAAGAAUGAUGUAGGUGGACAACGGAGCCUGAUAAACAAAUGGACAACGUUUCUUAAGGCCAGACUGAUUUGCUCAAUCCCUGGAAGUGAUGGGGCUGAUACGCACUUUGAUGAGCUCCAAGAUAUUUAUUUACUCCCAACAAGGGAUGAAAGAAAUCCUGCAGUGUAUGGAGUCUUUACUACAACAAGUUCCAUCUUCAAAGGCUCUGCUGUCUGUGUAUAUAGCAUGGCUGAUAUCAGAGCAGUUUUUAAUGGCCCCUAUGCUCAUAAGGAAAGUGCAGAUCAUCGCUGGGUGCAAUAUGAUGGAAGAAUUCCUUAUCCUCGCCCUGGCACAUGCCCAAGCAAAACCUAUGACCCACUGAUUAAAUCCACCCGAGACUUUCCAGAUGAUGUCAUCAGUUUCAUAAAGCGACACCCUGUAAUGCAUAAGGCAGUGUACCCAGUGGCAGGAGUACCAACCUUCAAGCGAAUCAAUGUGGACUACAGAUUGACACAAAUAGUGGUGGACCAUGUUGUUGCUGAAGAUGGACAAUAUGAUGUCAUGUUUCUUGGAACAGACAUUGGAACUGUCCUGAAAGUUGUCAGCAUUUCUAAGGAGAAGUGGAAAACUGAAGAGGUGGUAUUGGAGGAGUUGCAGGUGUUCAAGCACCCAACAGCCAUCUUGAAUAUGGAAUUAUCUCUGAAGCAGCAACAAUUGUAUGUUGGUUCUUGGGAAGGACUGGUCCAGCUCUCCUUGCACAGAUGUGACACUUAUGGGAAGGCUUGUGCAGACUGCUGUCUGGCCAGAGACCCCUACUGUGCCUGGGAUGGAAGUGCAUGCUCAAGAUAUGCACCCACUUCUAAAAGGCGAGCUAGACGCCAGGAUGUAAAGUAUGGGGACCCAAUCACCCAGUGCUGGGACAUAGAAGACAGCAUUAGUCAUGAAACUGCUGAUGAGAAGGUGAUUUUUGGAAUUGAAUUUAAUUCAACCUUUCUGGAAUGCAUACCUAAAUCCCAACAAGCAUCUAUUAAGUGGUACAUCCAGCAGUCAAGAGAUGAGCAUCGAGAGGAGUUGAAACCCGAUGAAAGGAUCAUCAAAACGGACUAUGGGCUACUGAUUCGAAGUCUGCAGAAGAAGGACUCUGGGAUGUACUACUGCCAAGCACAGGAGCACACUUUCGUUCACACGAUAGUGAAGCUGACUUUGAAUGUCAUUGAGAACGAGCAGAUGGAAAAUACCCAGAGGGCAGAGCGCGAGGAGGGGCAGGUCAAAGAUCUAUUGGCUGAAUCUCGGUUGAGAUACAAAGACUACAUCCAAAUCCUUAGCAGCCCAAACUUCAGCCUGGACCAGUACUGCGAACAGAUGUGGCACAGGGAAAAACGGAGACAGCGAAACAAGGGCGGCCCAAAGUGGAAGCACAUGCAGGAAAUGAAGAAGAAACGGAAUCGAAGACAUCACAGAGACUUGGAGGAACUUCUCAGAACUGUGUCCACCUAGUUUCUUUUUUUAAGUUUAAUUUUAAGAAAGAAUACUUAGAUGCAAAACUACUAUCUUCUGUUGUGGACUGCCCUCAUACUUACUCACAGAUACUUCUCACAGCGUUUCACUAAGACCCAGAACAGGAAGCUGAGUUAAGGCUGUAUGUCACAAAUAUGGAUGUUAGGGACAAAUAAUUCAUCUGAACCAGUUUUCCAUAGACAAAACUUGUAUUUGCAAUGCCUAAGACUUAUCCUCAAAAUAAUGGCUUUACAUUUGUAAACAUUUUAUGUCAUAAAUUUCUGAAUUUAUGUCAUGUAAAUGGGUAAACUAAGCAAGCAUCAAAUUUUAUUUUAUUUUUAGAGAAAGCGCAAGAGAGAGAUAGAGAAUUGGCACACGAGAUUGAUAUUGUCAUAAGGGGCUUCAUUCCCAUGCAUGCCCUGGAGUAUGGGGCUUGUCACGCACUUGGGCUAUGUUCUUAUGAAUCACUCCACACUAGACCUGUUUUUCUUGUGGUAGGAACUGGAGAGAAGGCACACAUUUGAACAGCUCUCGCUAUUAACUUGAAUUUUUUCCAUGAGUAAUCCAGCUGCUCUUAAAGCACGGUAUGAGAAUUUGGAGGUGUAUUCUUUCGGGACAUAGGUGGGAUAUUUAGUGUACCUCUGCAUUGAUAUGAUAUAUUGAAGAGCAUUAUUGCUUCUCACAAUAUUCAUGACUUGUCAGGAGAAAUAGGUUCAAAGAAACUGGUGCUUAUUUGUGUAUUUCUCGAAUAUCUUGCUGGCUCUAUGGGGACUGAAUACACAAUUCCUUUUGUAAUGAUGUAGGAAAAAUGCCUUAAUGGAAUAAAGGGAGACAUGAUGCACACUGCACCCUAGUUUGAAGGCAUACAACUGGAUUUGUUAGGAGACAGAACUGACAGCUAUAACUCUCGCUUUGGAAAAACUCCUACCCUGGUGGAAAGAAAGAGCAAUCACAAGUAAAGUAGACAAAACUCAGUGGAACUCUUUGCACUGAAGGAUAAGUACUGCCAAUUUGUAAGGCAUCUGUUUAAAAAUCUAGAUCAUAACAAACUGCUAACAAAAGUCUGGGAAAGGUAAAAUUUGCAAAGGAUUGUAGUAUGAACAUAUUUUAUUUAUAAUCAAUAUUAUUUCAAUAUGUUUCUUACUUUUUGAAGUAUGUAUCAUACUGUGUUUAUUAUUUUCCUUAACUUUCUUUAUUGAAUUAUAUUUGAGUAAAUAGGAAAAACAAUAUAUAAUACAUACAGAGAAUUAAGUAGAUGAUCAUGGUGGGGAGUGGGGUAUAUAUUUGUUGAAUGUCUGUGCAAGUUUAAAAUUUUGAAAACGGGAAGGGUUAAAUCAACUCUUUGACAUCUUGUUUUGGUUUGUUUUUUCUUUACACAAUCUUGUUGAAUUUAUGAAAUGAACUGUUAUGGUUCAAUUAACAUUGUUUUAUUAAUUUAUCAACAAAAAAAAACACGUAUAGGAAACUCGCAGCAUUAACAUAAAUCCUUUCAUACACCUUUGUAUUUUGUUAACAUGUUGAAAAGUUUCAAAUUCCACUUUGUUUCUGAAUAAACAUGGUGUGUUUCCUGUCCUGUUGAGCAGUACUUACCUUUUCUUCUUAGAACACACAAUCCUUAGCCUUCUUUUGUAUGGCCUUUUCACGCCUUUUAUUUCUCACUUUCAUGUUAAAUGCAUUACUUACCUAACUCAAAAAAGUCACAUGCUUCUAAGGUAGAAGACCCUCUUUUGGUAUUAUAAUCACAAAUGUUUGUAGCCAUUUCAUUGUAAGAAAAGGUAAAAGAGCAACCUAAAAUAGUAAAUAAGAAUGAAUAACUCUUCUCAAAGGAAUGCAUAGCAAUUGUUGUGUCAGAGUUAGCAUACUACUUGAAUAUCAUACAUGGGUAUAUGUCACUAUUAAUUUGCUGAUAUAAAAUGCCUCACAAGUAAAUGGGAACAUACUUUAUUUAAAAGAUUUUAGUUAUUUUUGUGUCAUGUAAUUAAAAUGUAAGAUUUGACUUGGAAAAGAUAAAAUUUAUUUCCAUCCAAUUAUGAAUGUUGAAACUACUUUCAAAUGUUCAUAUUUUAAACACAAUUUGGAUAUCUAUUUCAUCCCUUAUAACCAAACUUACGGCAGCUUUGAAUAUAGAAAUAUGAGUUCAUGAUAAUUAAAAUAUAGUAGAGAUAGUAUCACUAACAUAAAAUCUCAUGAAGUAAAAAUUGGGACCAAGAUUUAUGCUUAUUUCCAGACAAAGAGAGCAGCUAAUCUGCAUUUCAUGUUUACCGAAUGCUUAGAGGAAUAGUGAAUACCUUAAAUCUAAAAAUAUAAUGUAUGCCUCCUUGCCACUGAAGAGUUUACCAAAUUUGUUGUGAAAUAAUCGAAAAUCAAAGUGUAGCUAAUAGUUGUCUAAAAUAUCAGUGCUUUAUGGACAACAUCUUUAAAUGCCUGCUUUUUCACAUUUUUCUCCCAUGUCCUCAAUCUAUAUGUCUCUCUUCCUUGUGUAUGUUUGUAUGCAUUCCAUUCCGACUAUUUAUGCUGCUAAAUGGCAUGCAGCCUGUCUGCAUUCAUUUACAUUCAAUUUAUUUAGAAUUUUAAAAGUUCUUUUUUUUAGAAAUGGAUAGUUAAAUAAUUAAUUUAUAUAAAACUUUUUUUUAUUUCCUAAAGAGCUCUCAUCACAUGAUUGAAUAAACAUUUCACAAAAACAAAUUACUGAAAGAAAUUCAGAAUAAUCCUAAAAACAGUGAGAAAUUUGCAGAAAUUACAACAGUAAUAUAAGUAUAAUUUAGUCUUGUCAUUCUUUUCCUUAGAAUACUUAUUUUCAAUAUGCUGGUACAAAAUGGUUUCAUUUUUGAGUUUUUCUUUGGCAUAUAUUAAAUUCUUCAAAUGCUGAUACAUUUUAUUCCUACUGAAUAGUAUUUAAUUCAACUUAAAAAUAAGUGAAAAAUAGUGUGCUUAUUGUAUCAAUAUGAAUAAGAAUAAAUUUGCAAGGACAAUUUUGACAACAUUCUGAAUUUUAUAAAAAAUAUUAAACAUGAUCAUUCAUUAAAUACUGAUUUUUUAUCUUAAACAUAAAUGUAAGAUGCAUUUCACUAAGACAAAUGAAAAUCAAAACUGAAGUACCAUUGGUUUAUUUGUAAUUUUACAUUUGUAGAAGACAAUAUCCUUCACUAUAAUAGCCUUACUGAGUAAUUUAAAAAUAGAGAUGUCUGAAAAUUGAUUUUCUCAGAGUUGUUGAUCUUAGUAUCUAAACAAUUCAAUUUUCCUGUGUAGCUAAAAAAAAAAAAAGCAUAAAACCUAAGGUUUCCAGUUUGUAUAAAUUCAAAGU